UUGACUCUAAAGAGGAUAAAACCUGCUCAUAAAGCUCAUAUCCAGAACAGAAACCGAAAGUACCAUCACAUAUUAUUUGUGGACAUAAAGUACUCAGGAAUCAUGGCAGACUGGCCACCACCCGAGCCUUUCCAGAAAACCCCAAUGCAGCCCCAUUCCCUAAUUGAACCUCUAGACUUAAAGGAACUUGAGUCUUCAUCUCCAACAUCUAGCUCUAAUGCUAGUACCCCAGGGGUGUUCCUGGAAGAGCCUGCCAGCCCUCCACAUGUCCAGACUGUGCCUGAUAACUCCCAUAAUGAACCAUUACUAAAAGUGGACAUUCCAAAUGUUCUAGGUAGAUUCAUGGAACAACGAAGAAGCUCAGACUACUGCCCCGGAAGCAAAAAGUACAAAGUGACCAGGCAAUAUUUGGAGUCUGUUUGUAUUGACCCGCAGCGUGAUACAGCAUUAGAGGAAAUUGAUGUCACAGAUAAUGAAAUCCAUGAUUUGCCAUCAUGUAUUGCUGAGCUCCCUAACCUUGAGACAUUGAUUUUGGACAGAAAUCGCAUGGUUAAUUUUCCCAUGGCUAUCCUACACUGCAAGAAACUUGAGGUGCUUAGUAUGAAACAACAGAGAAUUUCCCCUUCAAUAAGCCCUCUGAAUUUGGCAGAUAAACACAGACUAUAUGAUAUCCCAUUUGAACUUGGGACGUUCUGCAGUAACUUAACCGAACUGUACCUAUCAGAAAAUUCAAUAAAGGAUCUCCCGAGUAACUUCCACAAAUUGUCUAAAUUACGAAUACUUGAUCUGAGUGCAAACAUGCUGAAAGAAUUUUCGCCAUGCCUCUAUAAAAUGACCAGUUUGAUCACGCUCAUACUAAGUGGAAAUCAGAUUGAGGCUAUUGGCAGUGACAUCAAAAACCUAACGAACCUCCAGAUGUUCAGAAUCGCCAAUAAUCAAUUGAAAAGUCUUCCCGAUGAACUCUGCUGCCUAAAGAACAUCUCAACAUUAUCAAUUCGAAAUAACCAACUUAAAGCCCUUCCUGUUGAAAUCGAUAAUCUAGAUGCUUUGAAAUAUUCAGACUCUACAGCUUCACAAUCCAUCCAAAGUGAUGGCCUCUACUUAGAUGGGAAUGACUUCAUGUUUCCCCCAAAAGCUAUUUGUGAGAAGGGCUCAAAACAAAUCAGCAUGUACCUGAGAAGGAUGCGUGAAAACCCAGAUGAUCUCAACGAAUUACUAGAACGUUGUAGACUUACUAAUAAACAGACUGAACCAGCAAGAUUUGGACUUCUGACUGAUAAAUAUCUAUGGGACCUUGCGGGGAACAUUGGAUUCUGGUGGACUCAACUUGCAUCAGAACUGAAUUUUUCACAUGACCAAGUGCAACAAUUCCAAAUGAACUACCCAGGGGAUGUAAAAGCGCAGAUUUGUAAUAUGAUACGUGCUUGGAGAGAUGGCCAACUCAGCAAAUGUGACAAUGAACCUUGGUUUAAGGUCAUUCUCCAACAGUCAGGCAAAACCCAAUGUGAUAUGAUCAAUAGUAUCCUAGUAGAUGAACUGAAGAGUGUAUUCAAGAGGAUUGACCAUACAGAUAUGAUGGAGAGACUUGAAAGAGACAUGAAAGACUCUAACUGGUGACACCAACAAAGCAAUAUGAUAGAAUACAUAAUGAUGCGCAUGUAUUUAUUAGUAGAUCGGCAUUUGGUUCACAUUCAGCUACAUAUACAUAUUCACUCGUGCAUUUUGCACCUUUAGAAAUCGCUAAAUGGUACACUGAAAAAAUAAAAUUUUUUUCAAUUUGCCAUAUUUACAAUGACAUGUAUAUUCAAUUUGGGGAUUUUUUGUGAAAAAAGCAGUAUACGACGAGAUA